GUUCUCUUAUACAGCAUGCGCACCAUCCCUGUAUGCCGCUUUGUGAUUGGCUGGAUCUGGGAGCAGCUUCCGUUCCUGCUCUGCUCUGAUUGGCCGCCUGCUGCUCUCUGUCUCUCGCUGAUUGGUGGGUUCAGUUCCCCUGUCAGUCAGUCUGGGCCGAUGAGCCCCGCUGCCGGGUUCGUGAAGGAGCGGCCAGAGUAUCGGGCCUGACAUGGAGCCGCCUCCCGGGCCCCGGCCGGUCCCUCCCCCCCGCAGGACGGCGUCCGGGGAGCACCGAGCCGCGAGUCCCCCAGGCGGGGAGCCCAGAGCAUGCUGGGAGAGGGCCCCUGAGAGAGCCCGAGGGCCCCACAGGGAGAGCGCCGUCACCCAGACCGUGCUCAUAGUGCUGGAGAAACGGGGGGAAAUGGCACCAACGCAGGCCGUGGCGCAGCUCGAAAUGGCACCAACGCAGGCCGCGGCGCAGCUCAAAACGACACGUCGCCCGUCCAUCGAAACCGCCUCCGGAACAGCACCAACGCAGGCCGCGGCGCAGCUCGGAACAACGCGGAGCCCUGCCACCGAAACCGCCACCGGAACGGCUAUGGAAACCGCCACCGGAACGGCUAUGGAAACCGCCACCGGAACGGCUAUGGAAACUGCCACCGAAACGGCACCAGCGCAGGCCAUGGCGCAGCUCGGAACAACACGGAGCCCAGCCACGGAAACCGCCACCGAAACGGCAGCAACGCAUGCCGCGGCGCAGCUCGGAACAACGCGGAGCCCGGCCACGGAAACCGCCACGGAAAUGGCACCAACGCAAGCCAUGGCGCAGCUCGGAACGACACAGAGCCCUGCCAUGGAAACCGCUACAGAGAAGCAAGCCAUGGCGCAGCUGGGGACAACGCAGAGCUCUGCUACGGAAACCACCAUGGUGCAGCUUGAUAGGACACCAACGCAAGCCAUGGCGCGGCACCGAAAAAUGCAGAUCCCUGCCACGGAAACCACCUCAGAAACCGCCACAGCCAAGUACGAAAUCACACCAACGCAGGCCAUGGAGCAGAGCCCUCCCAUGGAGACUGUCAAGCUCAAAAUGACACCAAUGCAAGCCAUGGUGCAGCACGGAACAACACAGAGCCCCGCCACGGCACAGAACAGAACAACACAGAGGCACGUCACUGUGCAGCAUGAAACGACAACUGCGCACGCCACAGUGCAGCACCGAACAAUGCUGAGCCCAGUCACAGUACACCAGGAAACAAUACCGAGUCACACCAUGGCACAGCUUCAAACCGUGCAGAGUCAUGCCACGGGGCAGCAGAAACCAAUGCUGAGCCCUGCCACAGUGCAGCUUGAAACUACACAGAGCCCUGCCACAACACCGCACAAAGCAAUGCUGAGUAAUGUCACGCCGCAGUACGAAACGGCAAAGAGUCACACAAUGGAGUAUGACAUUACACCGGAGCAAAGUCGUGCCACUCACACCAUGCCGCAGCACGAAAUGAUGCAGGCUUGCAAGACUCCAGAGAAGCACGAUACAUCACAUCAUGACAUGGCACAGAGUCACACCACGUUGCACAACACGGCACAGCUUGAGAUGCUGCAGAAUCAUGCCAUUCAGCACCUUCUAACGGUACAGCAUGAAACAGCUCAAAGUCACAUCACACACCAGAGCGAAAUUCAGCAAUACAAGACAGAUAGUUAUGACACGAUGCAGAGUCACAAAUUGACACAGAACUGUGUGCUACCACAGCAAGAUGACAGAGAACUGAGCAGAAUGGCUCCACUCCAGUCAUCAAAUCAACAAGACAGUAGCACACUGAUCCAACAUGGCAGUGCGAUGCAGGGUACCACAGUACAAAGCUCAGCAACAUUACAAGACAAGCAUGUGCUGCAGAGCCAUGGAAAGCCAGACUCCGAUGGCAUUGUACAGAGCAAUGUGACUCUCAAACUGGACAGCAAAAUAACACAGCAAGGGUAUAAUGUGUCUCCUUCAUCGGAAACUCUACAAAGCCACCAAUCGCCACAGCAAUCCAACACCUUAAUGGAUACAGAGAGUCACACACCGAGCUAUGUACAAUCCCAGGAAGACAAUUCCACCACAUGUGUUGUGUCUCUUGCAAGGGACCGCAUUAAGCAGAGAAAUGUUUUGAAGAGUAACCUCUCAACCAGUAAUACGCCACCCGCAGAUGGUUGUGUUUCCGUUGCAUCGGGCGAUCUCCUACAGAAGGAUGUCACAGCAGCUCAGGACAAAGUUUUAACCAAUGUGAAAGGGGCCACCCAUGGGGAAUUGAUCCCAUCAUCUCCAAGCAAAACGAGUCAUGGCUUCAGUGAGCAGACUUUGGUGACAAAGGAAGAGCCACGCUGCACAAGUGGCAUGCUGCCUCACUCCUUCCCACAGGUAGCCCCAGCCUACGCUGGACAGGCUCCGUCUCACUCCUCCUCUGAGCUAUCUACUCUCACCACAGGAGAGGCACAGUCUUCCUCCACCUCAGAGGUAAACCCAGUCUCCCUCAAAGAGACUCCAUCUCACACCUAUCUGGUGGAAGCAUCCGUCUCCACCAGUGGCUCACCAUCCCACUCCAAUCCAGGGGCAGCACCACUCUCCACUGGUGGUAUUCCAGCCCGCUCAUCUCCAGGAGCCGCCUCAUUAUCUAGUACUGGGGCAUCAAAACUUUCUCCUGUCCGUGUCCACGAUCCUUCUAGUCCGCUUAGGAAUAAGUCCUCCAAACCUCCACUCCCUACUCCCCCCAGAUCUAAUUUAUACCCUGGCCCCCCUCCUUCCAUUGAUUCUGAUUCUUCCUUCCGCCAUGAAACAGCUUCGCUGGCCAGUUAUAGGUCAAAGCCUCAGGCUCCGGAUACACUCAGUUACUUGGACUCCGUGAGCCUAAUGUCUGGUACAAUGGAAUCUCUCUCCAUGCUUGACGAUGCCAGCUCGUUGGGUUCUGACUCUGAAAUCAAUGGUAUGACGUGUCGCAAGACCGAUAAGUAUGGCUUUCUAGGAGGAAAUCAGUACAGCGGGAAUGGGUGAGUGUGCUUUGUACUCUGUGUUUUUACAUGUAUGACAGUCUCAGCUCAGUGAGAAGUCUUUGCAAGGCAGGUGCUCUGGGCAAUUGCUGCCUCUUGAGUUUCUCCACUGAACUCAACAAACCAGGAAAUAGUGGAGCAGUAGACUGACAGUCAGGGGUGUAACUUCAGCAAGAUAAAGUGGUUUAGGUUUUUGUAGUGUUUCUUUAACACCUUAAGGACGGCGGGCGUUUUUUUAGGUGGUCCUAAACACCAGCGGGCGGCAUAGAACGUCCGCCGUCCUUUGUACUUACUGGAUCUCUGCCGUUCCACCAAUGGCGUGAUCCUGGGGACUGCCUGGGAGCUCAGGCAGUCCCCCUCAGCUGGAUCCUCGCGAUCACAUGGCUCAGCCGGAUCCUCGCGUUAAUCACAUGGCUGGAAUAGCCGGCUUAUGCAGUGCCUGCAUGGGACUGCCUGAGCUUUCAUGCUGUCCCCGUCAUGCUUGUAAAAACUUUGUAAAAGUUAUAAAACAGCUAUUAAGUAAAAAGUACUUAGAUCAUAUAUAUAAAAGUACUUUUAUAUACACGUACAUCAUUAAUAAAAGUAUAUUUAAAUAAUAUAUAUAAAAUUAUAUAUUUAUUAAAAUACUCUUAGAAUGAUGUUAAUUAUAUAUAUUAAAAAUAAUACAUUUUAAAAAAUUAUACACCAGUUUUAAUUUGUUCUAACUGGAUUUUGAUAUUAAUAUACAUACCGUAUUUUUCGCUCCAUAAGACGCACCUAGUUUUUAGAGGAGGAAACACAGAAAAAAAAUAUUCUGAACUGUUCCAUAGUGUUUCUUACUAUGGGACAGUUUGUUCAGAAUAUUUUUUUUUUCUCCCCUGUCCCAUAGUGUUCCUUACCACCCAUUCCCCUCUCCUGUCCCAUAAUGAUUUUUAACCCCCCUCCCCUGUCCCAUAGUUAUCGUUAAACCCCCCUCCCCUGUCCCAUAGUUAUCAUUAAACCCCCUCCUGUCCCAUAGUUAUGUUAAACCCCCUCCCUGUCCAUGGUUAUGGGUUAGAGCCCCUCCUGUCCCAUGGAUUAUUUUAACCCCCUUUUCUCUGUCCCAUAGUGAUUGUUAGCCCCUCCUCCCUUGUCCCACGGUGGGUCCCCUCCCCUUCUGUCCACGGUGGUCCCCUCCCCUUGUCCCACCGUGGUCCCCCCUCCCCUUGUCCCACCCGUGGUCCCCCUCCCUUGUCCACCGUGGUCCCCCCUCCCCUUGUCCCACCGUGGUCCCCCUCCCCUUGUCCACGUGGUCCCCCCUCCCUUGAUACAGUGGUCCUCCCCUUGUCCCACAGUGUAGUGCGUCCCCCCUCCCCUUGUCCCACAGUGGGGUCGUCCCCCCUCCCCUUGUCCCACAGUGGGGUCGUCCCCCUCCCCUUGUCCCACAGUGGGGUCCCCCUCCCCUUGUCCCACAGUGGGGUCGUCCCCCCUCCCCUUGUCCCACAGUGGGGUCGUCCCCCUCCCCUUGUCCCACAGUGGGGUCGUCCCCCUCCCCUUGUCCCACAGUGUCCCAUAAUUACUUACCUGUCUUGUAGCGUGGGCCGGCUUCACAGCGCGCUCCGCGGUACAGGAACUUCAAUUUCAGGUUCCGGUUUCCGGCGGGACUGAAAGGAAGUGUGCACACCGGAACCUGAAAUUGAAGUUCCUGUACCGGGCCGCGGCUGCACCAUUGCGUAAAAUGAAGUAAGCACUCUGAUGUCCAUAAGAUGCACAGACAUUUCCCCUCACUUUUGAAAAAUACGGUAUAUAUUAAAUUCAAAAUACAUUUAGAAUGACGUUCUAAAUACAUAUAUGUAUAUAUAAAUAAAAAUUAUUUUGUUUUAUAAUUCUUUUUUAUUCAAAUGUUUUCAAUACAUAUAUAAAAUAUCUCUUUCAAGCACAAUACAAUCACAUAACAAUGUAUUAACAAUUAUCAUAUUCACAUCAUACAAAGUUUGUUCUUAUACAUUUUAUAGCAUCAAAUUUGAAGGCCUUAUUAACAAAUUUGAGAUAAUUUACAUUAAUAUAUGUAUUUAUCUAAUAGUUCUUUGUAUGAUCUUCACUCAUCCUGGUUAAUCAUACAUAAAAUACACUCAUACCGCCGGUCUGUUCGGUUACAGAUGCUAUUACAAUGUAAAGGGAGUUGUAUAAUUUGUGGUAAACGUUUAUCAAAUGUUAUGUCAAGUCCAAACCUCUUAAAUUCCCACAUAUUUAAUCCAUCAAAAGUUAAUAUGUGUAACCAUACUAAAGAGAAAGUAGAAUCACUAUUAUAGAAAUCAAAAUUAUUUAUAUACAUAUAUAUUUAAAUUCUACAAAUAUACUUAUACAGUAUUUUUACAUAAUCCAAGUAAUUUUAUUAAUUACAAUUUGAGGGACCUGCCUGAAUACCCAAUUUGCCUCGCAAGCCCUAUAAUUAACACCAUAAAACCUGUACAUGGUGGGUACUGUUUUACUUGGGAGACUUCGCUGAACACAAAUAUUAGCAUUUAAAACCAGUAAAACAAAAAUAUUGAUAUCGUCAGUGAAAAUGCAGUUUUUUUUGCACUUUUCACACACACAAAUGGUACUUUCACUGACGAUAUAAUUGUUAUUAUACGUUUUACUAUUUUAAAACUCAUCGUGUUCUGUGAAGUCUCCCGAGUAUAACAGUACCCCCCAUGUACAGGUUUUAUGGUGUUUUCAUAAAUGACUGAGUUAAAUAUAAGGCUUGAAUUUCCUUUUUUUUCACAUUGAAAUUGCCCUGAUUGGUUACGUUGCCUUUGAGACAGUUUUUUUUUUUUUUAGCCCAGGAAUGAGAAUUACCUCCAUGAUGGCAUACUGUUUGCAAAAGUAGACCAUCCAAGGUAUUGCAAAUGGGGUAUGUCCAGUCUUUUUUAGUAGCCACUUAGUUACAAACACUGGCCAAAAUUAUCGUUCAAAUCGUUUUUUUGCAUUUUUCACACACAUACAAAUUAGAAUGCUAACUUUGGCCAGUGUUUGUGACUAAGUGGCUACUAAAAAAGACUGUGCUAUAUUUAAUCCUGUAACACCAUAAAACCUGUACAUAGGGGGUACUGUUUUACGCGUGAGACAUCGCUGAAUACAAAUAUGUGUAUAUUAUUGCAGUAACAGCUAACAGUAUUGUGACAUUCACAGUUAAAAUGCCAUGCAGAACUAAAAAAAAAAAGUCUGAUUUAUUUUUAUUUUAUUCAUAUUAAAUUAUGUUCAGUAGACAAAUAUUUGAUGUGACAUGAAAGCCCUGUUUCUCCUGAAUAAAAUGAUAUAUGAUAAGUGUGGGUGCACAUAAUAUGAAAGAUGUGAAUGACGCCUGAACAGACAUACCGCGCAAAUUCCAGGUUUUGUUUACGUUUGGUUUUGAUCACAACUUGUACAAUUGGCUCAGUCUUUAGGGGUUAAAGUACUCCUUUCCUUUUGCAGAGAGAGCAAUAUACCGGUGGAAAUUGCACGGCAGAGGGAGCUGAAGUGGUUAGACAUGUUUAAUCAUUGGGACAAGUGGCUGAGCCGACGCUUUCAGAAGGUGAGAGGCCACAGAAUGUAUGCUGAGGCUGCACAUGGUCUAAUUACAAAACGUUAAUAAAAGAAAUCAAUAAAAUUAAUAUUUAAGAACAUCAUUUACCUAAAAUAAAAGGACAUAAGGUGAGGGAGUGUGCAGAGUGAUUCUGUAGAGAAAUUAUGUCAGGUACCUGUUUUGCCUUCCAGCGGGCAUGUUAAAACGGCAGUCUAAGAAAUAUAUUACAGCACUCUGUAGCUAAUGCUGAAUUGGGUCCCCUGAAAAGUGACUGGCCCCAUCUCAGCUGCAUUGAUAAUGCAAAAUCACCACUUCCCCAUUUUCAAUGUCAGUUUUGUCCAACCUGGAUAGCAGCGACUAUUUUAUAAUAUACAAUUCCUAAAGAAUUUAAUAUGAAACUGACUGGUGCCAGAAGACCCUGUGCAGCAUAGCUAGUACAGUGUGUUAUAGCAGCUAGGUCGGUUGGCGUAGUUAAAUAGUCAUCCUCUGAUUGCUGAUUCUCUGCUUUUAAUAACAGGUAAAGCUCAGAUGCCGAAAAGGCAUACCAUCUUCCCUGCGCUCAAAGGCCUGGCAACUCCUCUCCAAUAGCCAUGAUCUGUUGCUCAAAAACCCUGGCAAAUUUGAGGUAAGACACUAAGGGAAGAGUAGCAGGUAAAGACAUCAGGCUGAGAGACAGGUAGUGUGGGGAAGGGGAUGCCAGACAGUGGGGGGGCCCCCCAGACAAUGGGAAGCAUGCGGAAGGGCACUCAACAUUGGGAGGCAUACAGAGGGGCACCAGUCCUGCAGAAGUGGAGGGGUCGCCAGACUGUGUGUGGUGAGGUUGGGAGCUGGACAGUGCGAGGUGAGGUUGGGAGCUGGACAGUGCGAGGUGGGGUUGGGAGCUGGACAGUACGAGGUGGGGUUGGGAGCUGGACAGUACGAGGUGGGGUUGGGAGCCCCAGACAGUGUAAGGGAUGAAGGGGUAGGGUGUGCAUUACACAAUGCAGAGCAGAAUUGUGUUACGCACAUGGGAAGUUAUAUUUCUAAGUCUUUGGGGAUGCAAGAAUGACAGUAAUUCAUUUUCUCUCCCCUUUGCAGGAGAUGGAGAGGCAGCCUGGGGACCCCAAGUGGCUUGAUGUGAUUGAAAAGGAUCUACACAGACAGUUUCCUUUUCAUGAAAUGUUCGCAGCCCGUGGAGGCCAUGGGUGAGUUUCCGAGCGAGAAAGGAGAUCUGUCAGAAAGUGAUGAGAUGUGGGCAGUUUUGGUAAAGACUAUGUAGCAUCAGGCAAAGGAGAUGGCUCAUUAAUUGUCUUGUUAUUUCGAUAUGGGUUGCUAGUGUGAAAGGUGCGCAUAAAAGGUAGGGCAGGGAAGGAGCAGCACAUGAUCCAGAAGUGGAGUUUUGGAUGACGGAAAAGUGACGGAGCAACAUGCCAAAAAAAGAGUGAGCAGCAGAAGAGGCUGAGUCUUGUUGGGAGAUGAUAGCGGAGCGGAGUAUGACAUCAGACAGAGGAGAUGACGGUAGGGCAGAGUAUGGCAUCAGACAGAGGAGGUUGGGCAGAGUAUGGUGUGACAAAUGCCCCUAGCCACAGGAGUUUGCCACGAGCUCCUGGAGGAGCCUGCUUGCCAGCCUCCUGCCCAAAGACUAUGGGUCCCGCAGGGAAACCUGUAAAAGAUUUCCCCUAUGCUGUUCAUGAACUGAACCGCCACGAGAUAUUGGGCGGCCAUCUUGUUUGUACGAGUGCAGGCAGCGGUGUUUGGUCGUCGACUUCCUGGAAAUGAAGACGGACACUAAAACUCCCAAACACCACUGGACUUCCAUAAUCGCCUGCGUUCGGUGUUAUAUAACUUAGUUCGGUUGGAUCGUUCGUCUGGAUGAAGGGAACAAGCUCCAUGUCAAUGGAUUCUUUUCGGUAGUUUGUUCUCUUUUAAGCUACCAAACUUGACCGACUGCUACCACUUUUUGCCUGGAACUAUUUUGGGCGGGAGCCUCGUGUGCGGUUGGUCAAACUAUGACUUCCAAGAGAAUCCCGAACCCCUGAAAUGAUCUGGGUGAUUUUUGGAUAUGUUGGUCACCCAGAUCGGGGCUAUCAGGGGAUAUAACUUUUGUGGGGUCUUCAUGUAGUUUUAAAGGUACUUUUGGAGUGUCUGUGAAAUGUGUGUUUAUUGUGCCCAGAGAUAAUUGAGUUUUGUGCAGGUCCUGUCUCCAUUAUCUCCCAGGCAUAGGGGAGUGAUUAUGUAGUUUGUGUGGGAGUGUCAGGGGCAUGCUUAACGGUGUAUGAAAUUGUAUAAAAGCAGGCCAUUUGGCCAGAUUAAAACAUCCCAGCUUGUACUCCCAGAACUAUGUGUCGUCUGGUUACUGGGAGGGGAAAGGGCUAAUAACUAAUCACUGUUCCAGUGUGGAGGAUUCAACGGGGAAAGUCCUUGUAAGGACUAGAGCUCCCAGGACUGAGUGUCAUCCAGUGCCUGGGGGUGGAUAGAGAGAGUUCCCCAUUCGGCUUCAGCAGGGAGCUUUCCAGGGCCCCAGUCAAGCCACGACGACUGUGGGCAGAAGUGCUGCUGUUUGUCCCCUGUUCCAGCUAGGAAGCGGUCCUUGGUGGAGGUACCCAGCCAUGGGUACAGGGAGCUCCGUUACAUUUGGCAUCAGAGGAGGUUUAGCGGAGUAUGACAUCAGACAGAGGAGAUGAUGGUGGGGUAGAGUAUGACAUCAGACAGAGGAGAUGAUGGUGGGGCAGAGUAUGAGAGAAGAGGUUGAGCCUGUGGGCGGCUGUCCUAGUUGUGCUGCUUUCCUUUUACUCUCUGCUUCAAUGUGGAUUGUUCAGGAGAAGCCAAGAAGGGAAUGUCUUGUUAAUGAGAGUUGAAUUCUUAAUAUUUGGAUUGUAUUUUGUCGCCCUUACAGGCAGCAGGAUUUGUUCCGUAUCCUGAAAGCUUACACGAUUUAUCGCCCAGAGGAGGGUUACUGCCAGGCUCAGGCCCCUGUUGCAGCUGUGUUACUAAUGCACAUGCCAGCUGAGGUCAUUACAUGCCACCUCAGCUCCUAUACCCUGACUCCCACUACCCCAGCUCCUCGACCCUGACGUCCACUACCUCAGCCCCUCGACCCUGACGCCCACUACCUCAGCCCCUCGACCCUGACGCCCACUACCUCAGCUCCUCGACCCUGACGCCCACUACCUCAGCCCCUCGACCCUGACGCGCCCACUACCUCAGCCUCCUGACGAGCCUCCCUGACGCGCCCUCACCCUGGACAGCUGCACUACCUCAGACCCUGGACCCUGCCUACCUCAGCCCGCCACUACCGACCCUGGACGCCCUAGCUCUCAUAAGCCUACUCUCACCCUGACGCCCACUACCUCAGCCCCUCGACCCUGACGCCCACUACCUCAGCCCCUCGACCCUGACGCCCACUACCUCAGCCCCUCGACCCUGACGCCCACUACCUCAGCCCCUCGACCCGGACGCCCACUACCUCAGCCCCUCGACCCGGACGCCCACUACCUCAGCCCCUCGACCCGGACGCCCACUACCUCAGCCCCUCGACCCGGACGCCCUCUACCCCAGCUCCUUCCCUACUGCUCCCAACCCAGCUCAUCUUCCAUGACUGCUCCCAACCCAGCUCAUCUUCCAUGACUGCCGCUAUCCCAGUUCCUCUAAGCUAACUCCCACUACCCCAGUGCUUUCUUCCUAACCCAGCUCCUUUUAGUUUGUUGGUUAUGUAGGGCCUCUCUCAGCCACUGAUUUGGUGUUUCUUUCCUCCAGCAAGCCUUCUGGUGCCUUGUUCAGAUCUGUGACAAGUACUUGCCAGGAUAUUACAGUGCCGGCCUGGUACGUUAACCACUAUAAUACACCACCAUGUCUGUGACAAAGUAAUCUCGACAUCACAGGCUCUUUUUGAUUUUGUUCCCACAGGAAGCAAUCCAGCUGGAUGGGGAGAUCUUCUUUGCCCUCUUGCGUAGAACUUGUCCGAUGGCCUAUCGGCACCUCAAAAAGUUCAAGAUUGAUCCCAUUCUUUAUAUGACAGAGUGGUUUAUGUGCAUCUUCUCUCGCACCCUUCCAUGGGCUUCUGUCCUUCGUGUUUGGGACAUGUUCUUCUGUGAAGGUCAGUGUGUGUAGCACACAGUAUGAGGGAGGCUCGUAUAACAGGCACACACUGACAUUACUGGGGAACAGUGUAUGAGGGGGCUUGCAUUGAUGACACACAUUUUUCUCUCUGACAUAGGGGUGAAGAUUGUGUUUCGUAUUGGCCUGGUGUUACUGAAACAUACACUGGGAUCGGUGGACAAGCUUCGGAGCUGUCAAGGAAUGUAUGAGACAAUGGAGAAAUUGCGCAGUCUGCCUACACAUUGCAUGCAUGAGGACAUUCUGCUCCCAGAGGUCAGGCUGAUGUCCUCUCUGCACCGUACCUGCUUCAUGCAUCAUUUUCCCCAUAAUCCAUAUAUUUUGCCACACUGUGUGUUUUACCAUAAUCCAUAUACUUUGUCACAUUCUCUGUUUUACCAUAAUCCAUAUAUCUUCCCACAUUCUGUUUUUUACCAUAAUCCAUAUAUCUUCCCACAUUCUGUGUUUUACCAUAAUCCAUAUAUCAUUCUGUGUUUUACCAUAAUCCAUAUAUGUUGCCACACUCUGUGUUUUACCAUAAUCUAUAUAUCUUCCCACACUCUGUGUUUUACCAUAAUCCAUAUAUGUUGCCACACUCUGUGUUUUACCAUAAUCCAUAUAUCUUCCCACACUCUGUGUUUUACCAUAAUCCAUAUAUCUUCCCACAUUCUGUUUUUUACCAUAAUCCAUAUAUUCUGUGUUUUACCAUAAUCCAUAUAUCUUCCCACAUUCUGUGUUUUACCAUAAUCCAUUCUGUGUUUUAUAUCUUCCCACACUCUGUGUUUUACCAUAAUCCAUAUAUCUUCCCACACUCUGUGUUUUACCAUAAUCCAUAUAUCUUCCCACACUCUGUGUUUCAGCGUAAUUCCUGGGUUUCUUUGCACUGUAUUUUUUUAGUGUAUCCUCAUUCUUCCUUGUGGUGUAUAAAUAUAUAUUAUUUUUUUUUGCCCAAUCCUUGUGUCUUCCCAUGCUGUAUGUUUUUGUGUCAUCGCCAGAAGUUUUUUUUGUAUGUUUAUCUUAAUUGGAUUUAGUCCUGACUUUCACUGGAAAACUUUGAAGUUUCUUCAUACUUUGACUAUUCUUACCUACACUGAUUCUCUUUUUCUCUAGGUGAGCUCUCUCCCUGUCACAGAUGCUCUGAUAGAACGUGAAAGCAAUACGCAGCUGCGCAAAUGGCGAGAAAAUCGUGGAGAGCUACAAUAUCGACCAUCCCGUAGGAUGCAUGGGGCCCGCCACCUUCAUGAAGAGAAAGUGCGUCUUAAUCCAGCCCUCAGUGGCAGCCGGCUCAGCCUCUCAAGUCUUAUGCGACCUUCUCCUCCCUCCACACCUACCCUGGUUACACAUCCUGGGUCUGUGGUAGUGUCAGAAGGCCUUCGGCCAGCGUUGCCAUCUCCCACAUCCAACAAGGCUCCACUUGGACCACCAAAAGCAGAGAAUAAGAAGGUAAAAGAGAAACAAAGGGAAGAAGAUAAAAGACGUGAGAAAGAAGAGAGAGAAAAGAGGGAGCGUGACAAAAAAAGAGAAAAGGAGGAGAGAGAGAGAGAAAGAAAGAGAGAAAAGGAAAGGGAGAAAGAGGAGAAGCGAGCACUGAAAGAGAGAGAGAAGACGGACGCUAAACUGAAGAAAGAACGCAAGUUUUCCUUCAGACGAAAAGAACAGUCUUCCCCUGCGUCUGACCUGCCUCAGAAAAGUGGCAAAGGCUCAGCAGACGGUGAAGAGGGGGCAGUUCAUGACACCUAUUUCUGAAAGGAACUUUCCACUCUCAUUGAAUCGGGGGUCUUGCGUUGAAAAGCAGAAGAUUGGGGAGGGGGGACUCUAUUAAUGGUUGCAAUUUUGUCUUGUGUAAAAAGGCAUUCCUCUACCCUAACAGUUAUUCAGCACUAAUGUGUGCCAUCCCCCCACACCCCUCCUGGGAACUGUGAUAUUCAUAGGAAGGCACUCCAGGUGCUGAACAUUAUGGGAUAUUAAAGGGAGCGGAUGAUUGGACAGGCAAAGGAAAAUACUUCCCCAGGACAAAUGGCGAGAGGGCUACUGGAUAUGCAUGUAUCAAGCAGUACCGAUUGGAUGGAGAUGAACUGGCACUUCCUGUAGGGAAAUAGGCAGAUGAUUGGACAGAUUGGAGCGGAUACCUCCCACUAGGAGUGAGGAAGCAGGAAGGGGACAUAUUAAGGGUGCAGAGCAUCUUUACGGAUGGGGGUGUUGUGUUCUCUGUUUGUUGAUUUUUGAUUAUUACAGAAAUUGAGAUCUCUAUCAUAGGAAACCCACAUGGCCGGUCUGUAUCUCAUUAAUAUCCCAGCAGCCCCUGUGUUCUCAAUCAGUGUUUACAUAGCUUUAUGCAGUGUGUCGUGGCAGCAAAGCUCAGCAUACACAUUGGCUUCUUCACCCCGCUUAAGCACAAACACGUAGUAUAAUGCCCAACACUCAUACACCCAGCAUGCUCUGCUACUGACUUUUACACAUAUUAUGGCAGGCUCCCACCCACACCCAGCAUGCUCUGCUACCGACUUUUACAUAUAUUAUGGCUGGCUCCCACACACACCCAGCAUGCUCUGCUACCGACUUUUACACAUAUUCUGGCAGGCUCUGCUACCGACUUUUACACAUAUUAUGGCAGGCUCCCACACACACCCAGCAUGCUCUGCUACCGACUUUUACACAUAUUAUAGCAGGCUCCCACACACACCCAGCAUGCUCUGCUACCGACUUUUACUAAUAUUAUGGCUGGCUCCCACACACACCCAGCAUGCUCUACUCUCCCAUGCACCCAGCAUGCUCUGCUACCGACUUUUACACAUAUUAUGGCUGGCUCCCACACACACCCAGCAUGCUCUGCUACCGACUUUUACACAUAUUAUGGCUGGCUCCCACACACACCCAGCAUGCUCUGCUACCGACUUUUACACAUAUUAUAGCUGGCUCCCACACACACCCAGCAUGCUCUGCUACCGACUUUUACUAAUAUUAUGGCUGGCUCCCACACACACCCAGCAUGCUCUACUCUCCCAUGCACCCAGCAUGCUCUUCUCCCGACUCUUAUACAUAUUAUAUCUGGCUCUCCCAUGCACCCAGCAUGCUCUGCUACUGACUUCUACACAUAGAAUGCUUACUCUGCUUUCCAACACACCUACACACAGAGUGCUGUGCUAUAUGCCAUGCAGCCCUCCCUCCCUGUACCUGUCUGUGUUUACAGCCUGCCCGCCAUUGUGGGCCCAGCUCCAAGAAGUGAAAGUCAUAGUGUCUUGCUUACUUCUGUUCGCUGCAUGUUUAUAGUGCACACUCCAACCCCUCCGCACACAUUUCAGGUAUUUCUUUCUAAUUUGUAUAUAUUUUGGUCAAGCAUCUUUCUCGUUUUUAAAUAACGCCCUCUACAUUUAUGUACUGUAUUCAGAAAUCUCAGCACUAACAACCCCUGACUUGCAGAGCGCCAAUAACUGUACCUGAGAACAAGCAUGUGCGCUGUGUAUUAAUCUCGGUGUGAGAGAGGCCACGUGUGUGCUGAGUUUACUCACGCACUGUCACGUCUGUGUGCUUGCUUGUUGUGCUGUGCGUGGACUCCUGCUUUGCAGCACUGUUUGCUUUGCAUUGCUCUGUGGACUCCUGCUUUGCCGCUCUGCAUUGCUCUGUGGACUCCUGCUUUGCCGCUCUGCAUUGCUCUGUGGACUCCUGCUUUGCCGCUCUGCAUUGCUCUGUGGACUCCUGCUUUGCCGCUCCGCAUUACUCUGUGGACUCCUGCUUUGCAGCCCUGCUUGUUUCGCAUUGCUCUGUGGACUCCUGCUUUGCCGCUCUGCAUUGCUCUGUGGACUCCUGCUUUGCUGCUCUGCAUUGCUCUGUGGACUCCUGCUUUGCCUGCUUCGCAUUGCUCUGUGGACUCCUGCUUUGCCGCUCCGCAUUACUCUGUGGACUCCUGCUUUGCAGCCCUGCUUGUUUCGCAUUGCUCUGUGGACUCUGCAUUGCUCUGUGGACUCCUGCUUUGCCUGCUUCGCAUUGCUCUGUGGACUCCUGCUUUGCCGUUGCCACAUUGCUCUGUGGACUCCUGCUUCUGCAGCCCUGUUCCACAUUGCUCUUUGGACUCCUGCUUUGCAGCCCUGCUUGUUUCGCGUUGCUCUGUGGACUCCUGCUUUGCCGCUCUGCAUUGCUCUGUGGACUCCUGCUUUGUCAUUCCACAUUGCUCUUUGGACUCCUGCUUUGCAGCCCUGCUUGUUUCGCAUUGCUCUAUGGACUCCUGCUUUGCCGCCCGCGUUGCUCUGUGGACUCCUGCUUUGCCGCCCGCGUUGCUCUGUGGACUCCUGCUUUGCCGCUCCGCAUUGCUCUGUGGACUCAAUGUCUGUUGCUCUGCUCAUUUAUUUCUCCAAGCUUGUUUUUUCCAGGAAUGCGUCAGUUUUCAAUUCUGUGCUUGUACCUAGUCCCCUUGUCUUUUUGUUUGCCCUGUGCACUAUGUGUAAGGGCAUCAUCAGUAUGCUCUUGCAGCCGAAGGAUGAACCCCACGGCCUCCGUAAAUGGGUGGCCUCGGAGAGUGUUACGGCAUUAUUAGUCUAUCAACUUUAUGUAUAUUGGUGUGCUGCGCAUGGCACCGCUCUGCUUACUGUGCAGCUAGAUGCAAUGCUGUGCUGCACAUUAUGCUGUGUGUCUGAUACAGACUGUUCUUCAGGGCACGUCAGCCUCUCUUGCACUGAUAAAUAGAACUGGAUCAUUUUAAUAUUCUGUAUUUGUUAGGGAGAAUUUGAGGUGCAGAUUGCAAUGGGGGUUUCCCUAUAUUACUGUUCCUCUUUUCUCCCAAUUACAUAAUUACAAACGUUAAACCCUGAGCAGAGUUUGUGGUCUGUUGUGCUGUGUACACUGUGGGGUUUCCUGGGUGGGCAGCGGGUGAAUGCACUGUGCAGAGCUGAAUAGGUGGGCAGCGGGUGAAUGCACUGUGCAGAGCUCAAUGCAGGGAUGGUGAGGAAGACCUUUCUUUAGGUUUUCUGUUUUUAGGUAUCUUUCUGGCAUCUUCUUUAUUUUUAGGGAUAUUCAGUACAAUACAAGAGGUGACCGUGCAGGACCAGACAAAUAACUGUAGUAUAUGCUGGACAGUGAGAGAAUAUAGAUGAUAGGAAUUUAACAUUUGGUUCAUACAUAUAUUUCUAGAUCUUACACUAGUAAUACUAUCACUGUCAAAGCAGGUCCCAGCCUGUGAUGCAGUUUAAUGUCAGUAAGACAAGUUAGAAUAUAUUGCUAUUGGAUACGUGUGGCUGAAUAAUAAGGGUAACUAACACUAUCCGGCUGCCCUGUUAGAGAGAGUAGUAGAGGUGGGUUAUUGAAAGUGGUAUAGGUAGGUAGCCUAGGUUGGGUUAUUGAAAGGAGUAGAGGUAGGUAGCCUGGGAAGGGGGCAGGGUGGACUAUUGAAAGGGGUAGAGGUAGAUACCCUCGGAAGGGAUAGAAGUAGGUUGUUGAAAGGGGUAGAGGUAGGUAGCCUGGGGAGGGACAGAGGCGGGUUGUUGAAAAGGGUAGAGGUAGGUAGCCUGGGGAGGGAUAGAGGCGGGUUGUUGAAAAGGGUAGAGGUAGGUAGCCUGGGAAGGGGCAUGGUGGGUUAUUGGGAGGGGUAGAGGCAGGUCU